AUGGUGAAGAAACACAAGGGCACUUUGGCGGUCAUUGAGCAGAUCUAUCAGGAUAUUCCUGCUUUCACCGACAUCUUUACGGAGGAGAGCUUCUACACGUUUGCCUUUUGUUUCGUUUGUGCCACGAUUAUAGUGGCAUUUAUUCUGUCUCGUUUUAUUACCAUAAAGCCUGUUGAUUUCUAAGCCAAAUUGCCCAAAAUUAAAACUUAAGCUUUAAAUAUGUAAAACAAAAACUACACUGAUUUGUCUUCUCUUUGCACAAUGACUACUGCAGCCCAAAAAAAAAAAGAAAAGAAAAAUAAAAAGGGCAGCGCAUUGGGA